AUGGGACGGCUGGAGGGAGAAACGCCGUCCUUCGCCAGCAGCCGUCGGGCGAGAGCUAACGUGGAAGAUCAACACUUAUUAAUGCAUGACCAGACAGUCAUUAGAAAAGGUCCCAUUUCCUUAACGAAAAACAGUGCCCUGAGUCUCCCCUGCCAAAAGGAUGGAUUAAUUGGAGUGGUCAUAAACCCCAAUGAAGUAUUUUGUUCGGUUCCGGGGAGACUAUCCCUCCUGAGCUCCACAUCGAAGUACAAAGUGACAGUAGCAGAGGUCCAGAGACGGCUCUCGCCCCCCGAGUGUCUCAACGCCUCUCUGCUGGGCGGAGUGCUCAGAAGAGCCAAAUCUAAAAAUGGUGGCAGAUCAUUAAGGGAAAAACUGGAUAAAAUUGGCUUGAAUCUUCCUGCUGGUAGAAGGAAAGCUGCAAAUGUGACACUAUUGACAUCUUUGGUGGAAGGUGAAGCUGUACAUCUUGCUCGUGACUUUGGUUAUGUUUGUGAGACAGAGUUUCCUUCCAAAGCAGUGGCCGAAUAUUUAACUAGACCACACAUGGGCCGCAAUGAAAUGGCAAACAGGAAGAAUAUGCUUCUUGCUGCAAAGCAGAUUUGUAAGGAAUUCACAGACCUCCUCACUCAGGACAGAACUCCUCUUGGAAACACGAGACCCAGUCCCAUCUUGGACCCUGGCAUCCAGGGCUGUUUGACUCAUUUUAGCCUGAUCACACAUGGCUUUGGGAGCGCUGCCAUCUGCGCUGCCAUGACAUCCGUCCAGAACUACCUAAAUGAAGCAUUAAAAAUAGCAGACAAAACAUACAUGAACGCUGGCGACCAGAGCCCUGCAGAAACCAACAAAACCAUUGAUAAAAUGGAUAAGCACAGGAAGUAA